AUGGACCUUGCAGAGAAUGCGACAGUUGAGGCAGCUACGGCGUCUUGGAAAGCUAUGGCAGUUCUCGUUAGAAAUCUUCCGGGCUUGAUGGGUCUUGGCAUUACCGGGAACGGAUUCGCUGCGACAUUAACAAUCUCAACCAGCAACAACCAAUCAUCCGUUCAAAAGGGCGUCGGACUCACAAUCACGCUGUACGGCUACAACACCACAACCUCGACGCUGAAAUCUCUGCUUGAGCCAACCAGCCACAGGAUGAUGACUUACGCUGCUGUUAAAGGCGUCAAGAUCGUAAUGGCAGAGCUAAAUAUGGCAGCGGAUUAUCUAUCCUUCUUCGAUGUGCUAAACCCGAACCCCAGCGCAUGCAGCGAUAUCAGCUUAGUCUCUAGCCGUCUACUCGGCCAUUCCCAGCUCACCGAUCUAUCUUUGGAGGACGUUCAGAGACAUCUUUACACAAUUAUGAAUUCUCAAGUCGAAGGAGAGCCCUCAAAUAUGAUUAUUGGUCUCCAAGGCGGACCGGGACCCAGGGAUGUCUCGCAGGACAUGCGCGGUGGUCUGAACCCAGCAUGGCGACAGGCCUACCUCCACGUCUUAAGCACCGGGGCCAAGCUCAACGAAACCAACCCCAACAUUCAGGACGACUCAUGGGCGCCAGGUUCUGGCUCCUACAUCAACAAAGCAAACCCUUUCAACAAGAACUUCAAGGAGGACUUCUACGGGGCAAGCUAUGACCGUCUUCUUGAGGUCAAGCAGGAAUACGACCCUACCAACAGUCUCUACGUACUUUCGGGCGUUGGUAGUGACAAGUGGCAGUAUGAUUUGAACAGCGGAAUGCUUUGCGCUGAAAACUGA